CAACCAGCGGAGAGACAAUAGGGCAACAGCGGUCUCUCUGUCAGACGCAUCCGCGCGAGGUGCACAAGAAUCAGUACUAGUACAUCAAGGCUUUCAGAAAAUAACAGAGAGUGCAGCAGAAAAGCAUUGCUCCUGAUGUUCUAGUUAUUAACACUGACCACAACGGAAUGACAGCGGGGGGUUUUGCAUCAUUUGUUCCCUAAAAGAUUUCUAAAUCAACACUUCUCGUGGAAACUGGUCCCUCCGUCUCUGGAAUAAUGAGCUCCUCAACCCACAUGUCCCGUUCCUCCACUGACAUCCUGGAAGAGCUGCAGCUCAUCACUGCUGAGAACCUGGAGAAGCUGGACUUUAAUAAAUACUAUGAGGUCAUUAGGGAGCUUGGCAAAGGGACCUAUGGCAAGGUGGACCUGGUCAUCCACAAGAUCAGAGGCACGAAAAUGGCCUUGAAAUUCUUGCGGAAGAAAACCACUAAGCUGAAGAGCUUCCUACGCGAGUACAGCAUCUCUCUCUACCUGUCACCCUGUCCUUUCAUCAUCAACAUGUAUGGCAUUGCCUUCGAAACUGACGAAUACUACAUCUUCGCUCAAGAGUACGCACUGGCAGGCGAUCUCUUCGACAUCAUUCCUCCCCAGGUUGGACUGCCGGAGAACGUUGCCAAGCGGUGUGUGCACCAGGUGGCGAUCGCACUGGAUUACCUGCACUGCAAGAAGCUGGUGCAUCGUGACAUAAAGCCAGAGAACGUCCUCAUCUUUGACAAGGAGUGCCGGAAGGUGAAACUGUCUGACUUUGGCAUGACGCGGUGCGCUGGCUCUCCAGUGAAGCGGGUGAGCGGAACCAUCCCGUACACGGCUCCAGAACUGUGCGACCCCAGCCGGCAAGAGGGCCUGUGUGUAGACUACAGCACUGAUGUGUGGGCUUUCGGUGUACUUCUGUUCUGCAUGCUCACCGGGAAUUUCCCUUGGGAAAAAGCACUCCCGACUGACGCCUUCUAUGAGGAGUUUGUGCGCUGGCAGCAUCGGCGGAGGCGAGCCAGCACGGUGCCCUCACAGUGGCGCCGUUUCACUGACGAGGCGCUCCGCAUGUUCCAAUGCCUGCUGGCCAUCGAGCAGGACCGCCGAUGCUCUGUCAAAGAGGUCUUCAGCUACUUCAACCACUGCUGGAUGCUCGACACAGAGAACGGCAACACCACCCAUGUCUCGGGCAGUAACGGUAACAAUGGCACGGUGAUGAAUGGUCGUCAGGCUGAGCUCAGCUCUUCUUCCUCUGAAGAAGAUGAGUUGGUGGACCGUUUGAAGCAGCAGAGCUUGUCACCUGCAUGCGGGGUAGCUAAAAGAGGCAUCGUCAUGGAGCCAGUGACGGCGCACUACUCCUCUACAAUCACAAACAGCCCUGCUUCCUCCACUGGUGGCUUUGAGCGCAUCUCCCGUGAUAACAACGGCAACAAUGGUCGAAUCCUAGUCACAACACCAAUUGAAAUAUGCGUGUAGACAGGUCACUGGAAUUGACCUUCCUUGCACAUAUAUUUGGGAUGACUAGAUGACAUUAAGGACUCAAGUCCUUGUGAAGCAUACGCAUCAGAGGAAACGUUGGUAGCUGACGCACAAAUGCUCAGCAUCCCAAGAAGUGCAGACAGAUUUAAACUUUUCCCGAUGACGAGUAUCUCUGAGGGAAUCUGUAAGAGAAUCACCAGAGUCUGCAGAUUGUGUCUCAACCAUGUUAACCAU